CCCGCCCGUCGGCGGCGCGGCGCGGGGCGGGCGGCGCUCCCGGGCCAGCGCAGCGGCAUGAAGGAGCCGUCUCUGCCCGGCACCUCGCUGCAGCGGGCCUGCCGCCUUCUCGUCGCCUUCUGCGCCCUCCACCUCUCGGCCACGCUGCUCUACUAUCUGGCGGGCAGCGCCCUGGGGCCGCCGGGCAGCCCCGAGCCGCCGCCGCGCCGCCCCGAGCCGCCGCCGCGUCGCCCGCCGCCCGCCAACAUCUCCCUGCCGCACUCCCGCCCGCCGCCGCCCGCCGUCCGGCCCCGGCCACCCUCGGCCUCGCCGCCGCCGCCGGGCCCCUGCCCCGAGUCCUCCCCGCUGCUCGUUGGUGCACUACGUGUGGAGUUUUCCCAGCCUGUGAACCUGGAAGAAGUGGCGAGAAUAAACCCAGAGGUCAAAACAGGAGGUCGUUUUGCUCCGAAGGACUGUAUAGCACUUCAGAAAGUAGCAAUAAUCAUACCAUUCAGGAAGCGAGAGGAGCACCUGAAGUACUGGCUCUAUUACCUGCACCCAAUUCUCCAAAGGCAGCAGUUAGAUUAUGGAGUAUAUGUUAUCAACCAGGAUGGAGAAGAAGAAUUUAACCGUGCUAAACUGCUGAAUAUAGGAUUCGCAGAGGCUUUGAAAGAGUAUGACUAUGAUUGCUUUGUGUUUAGUGACGUAGACCUCAUCCCAAUGGAUGACAGGAACACCUACAAAUGUUACAGCCAGCCACGGCACCUCUCUGUAUCCAUGGAUAAAUUUGGAUUUCGGUUGCCUUACAAUCAGUAUUUCGGAGGCGUGUCUGCCUUGAGCAAAGAGCAGUUCACAAAAAUCAACGGGUUCCCAAACAAUUACUGGGGCUGGGGUGGCGAAGAUGAUGACAUUUAUAACAGGCUGGUGUUUAAAGGCAUGGGGAUAUCCCGUCCGGAUGCUGUCAUUGGGAAAUGCAGAAUGAUUCGUCAUUCCCGGGACCAGAAGAACGAACCCAACCCUGAGAGGUUUGACCGAAUUGCUCACACAAGGGAGACAAUGAGCUCCGACGGCUUAAAUACACUGUCCUACAAGGUGUUAAGAACUGACAAGUACCCUCUGUAUACAAAGAUCACAGUGGAUAUUGGCUCGCCAAAUAGCUAACAUCACAGACACAAGAGAGACCUUGCCUGUGUUUCCCAGGACAUCUGGCCUCACCGAUGCUUUGUAUCUGCUGGUUUUAUAACAGUUGCAAUGAAAAAAAAAAAAAAAAAGGCCUCUUUUGGCAUGCCAAAGCGUCUCCAAAUUGGUUGGACAAGUGCUUUUUAAAUUUUUUUUUUUAAAUUCCAAACUUGACUUUAGACAACUUUCUAGCUCUCCGUUGUUUUAUAAGUCUAGAAGAUGUACAUAAGAGUUGUAAAUAUUUACUUUGCCAGAAAAUGUUGAAUCUGAUCUAUUUUCUGCAGUGCUCCCCAUGUUGAGUUAACUGCUGGACCCAGAUUUUACUGAUUAUAACUGUGAUGCAUCAGCAAUUACUGCCCAUGAUAUUUUGAUAAUUUUAAUGAGGUGGAUGAAAACAUUCCUUUUCAUUCCUGGUUUUACCUUAUGAAGGACUGUAAAAUGCUGCUAAAAUUGUACAAGUUUACGCUUUGCGUUAGAUUUGUUGUUUUUUUUAAUGGAGACAAUAUCAUAUUUUUCUCUCAUAGUGACCAAAACAAACAUCUUCUCUGUGUGCAGAGCAAGUGUUGAACAAUCAAGUCUGGAUUCAAUGAAUGUCAUUAUUUCUUUUAAUCUCAAAGGAGGCUUUGAGUUAGUUAAGCCAGAGUUUGCCGGGAUUUGCCAGUGAGCUCUCUGAAUAGGGUGGGAGCUAUACGGACAGCGUCCGCAAAAAUCGCUGACUUCAGAUAACCUUACUUCUGGAUGUGAUAGUGACUUUUUGGCUUUGCCUCAGCAGUACAACCCCUGGGUUUGGGGGUGGGAGGGUGGGGUUGUUUGAUUGGUUUUUUUUCUGAAAUAAAGAUGAAUGAAUUUUAUUGCGUGGUGAAAUUAUGGCCUUAAAAUUUGCUGACACGUGAUGACAGUGGUAGAAAGUUACCACGCUAUUUAAACAUUGUCUGAAGCUUCCUACAAACAAAAUUGUUCUUGCAUAAAACUUGAAUUCACUUAUUACUUUUGUUCUUGUUGUAACAUUUUAAUAACUUUUCUAAGUAAUUUGUAUAUCAUAAGCAUUGUAUUUAAUACCAGAUUAAACUAGGGUGCAGCAUAAUAGGAUAUGAUUCAAGGCCUCCUUUAUCUUCAGACUAGUUGACUUUUUUAUGUGCGUCAUUAUAUAUAUGCUGUGUGUUAUAUUUGCGUAUUUGUCUGUGAAAUCUCCUGUGGUGCUGAGAUAUUUGCAGCAGGGCUGACAUUUAAUCCAUAUUUCUUUGCCUGUUGCAAACACAUGUCCUCUAUCGGGAAGCUCCCUUCUGAUUUUCUCAGGCUUUGAGGGACAUGCACAUUUUGGAGUACUGCUUUUUGUCAGUGCACCCGGGCACCACCUGUACAGACACCCAGCUUUCCCCCCCCCCCCAUCACCCUAUGAAAGCCUCAAGCGCUGACACCCUUGGAGCUGGUUUAAGUGAUUUAAAGCUCUCGGCCAGAAAUGAGAACUGAAUUCCUUCUGGCGAGUACUUUGCCACCAGCUCUGACCACAGUAAUUUGCACUUCCUUGGCCUGUGCUGAAGGCUGUUGAAAUCAGGGACACUCGUUGUAUUGGGGAUCAUCUUCAGCACUGCCUCUUUUUUUUUUUUUUUCUUUUUCACUUUUUUUUUUUGGUGUUUUUUUGUUUUGUUUUAUUAUUAUUUUUUGUUGAGACCUGAAGGUUUUGCUGAACCCUUGCACUGCAGGGGUGGGAUCCUGCAGGGGCCAGGGAACAGAGCGUUUCUUCUUAGGCCAUCAGUGGCUCAAAGUAUGCACAGAGUGUUUAAUUACUAGGGAGAUGCCCAGCUGCCGUGUCAAUCUCACUUUGAAAAUAUAUUCACCCCCUUCACUUAAAAGCUGUUGCUGGUCAGACGCGGUGGUAGCAAAGUGGGCUUCUGUGGAGCAGGAGCAAAGAGCAAGGAAGUAGCCUUGUGUUUAAGAGACGCUCUUAUACUUAUUGUUGCAUCAAAAAAAUUACUCCUGUUUGGCAGGUCAGGCUCCAGCUCUUACAGAUACAAAGGGGUACAAGAAGAGGGUGUGUUACAGAAGUCAGGUGAAAUGUCUACCUGUAAAACAUCGGUGUGGCUGUGGUCGCACCAGUAAUGGAGACAGAGGCAAGAGGACUUUAUAUUUUAUUUUUUCCAUGGUGUCUUAGAAGCAGGGCCCCGCUCCCAUGGGUGGCAGAUCAGCACCAAAACUCAUCGAGGCUCUGCUGAAAAUCCCAGGUCUCUGCAGAGAGCACCUGGACUUUGUGCUGAGCCUUUAGUAAGUAGAAGAGUUGGGACCUUCAGCUGCAGUGGUGUCUGGCUGCUAACAGGCUAUGCAAAGGGGCUACCUGUUGUGAUUAAGGGGUUGGGUUGGGGUUGGGGUUUUUUUCCUUGCCUUGGGACUCUCUGAAGAUUAGGAAAAAAGUUAGUGUAACAACUUGCCGUUUCACUGUACGAUGAAAUCCUUGAAUAUCACAGAGGUGGUGUGAGCACUUGUUUCUGGCUGUUGCAAUCGAAGGUUUCUACACAUGUGCCUUGAAAGAGGAGAGAAAUGGAAACUGGAAAACUAGGAAACCUGAAAACCAUUUUCAGCAGAGAGACACUUGGAUCACCCAAGAAACUGUCACUUGGUUUCUCUUCUACUGCUGAAGCCACAAGCCAUGUAAAAGCUGAAGCUGCCUUCCGUUGCUUGUUUCACCCUCUGGUGCUGACCUGUGAUUUCCAGAUCUCAUUGUCCCUGUGUAAACUGUAUCAGUCAAACUCAUGAAAUGCUCUUGACUCAACCUGGCCAUGAAAUUUCUCUCCCUGGGAUUUUUUGGGGCUUUUUCCAGAGCUCUCAUGUUGCACAGAAGUGAAUUCUGGCCAUGACCUGUUGGUGGGUGGUGUUUUUUCCUCUCCUGUACUGGUAGCAACAUUCAAAGUGAUAGCAUGCAUAACGGUUGAAACCCAGAACAAAGAGCUGCAGAGGAAAUGCUAAUGGUUGGUUUCUUUGGGAUUACUGUUUGCUUGUUAGGAUGAGGAAGGGUCCUGGCAUGCAGCUUUUCCCUGGGAUGUGACGCGUGAACUGGACUGCAUGUGGGUUUCCUGUUGAUGGUUUUGCUUUUGCAUUUUUAUCAUUUAUAUAUCAACGGAUGUAUAAUCCUAUGUUCCUACUUUACUAUUGAUGUCAAAUAAAGUAUUUUCAGUUAUGA